CCCCCCUCCUCUCCUCCUCUCCUCAUCUCAUCACCCACCUCCUCUUCUCCCGCCAACUCCAGCUCUCACCUCUCCUUUUCAAGAAUCCAUCCAAGAAUCGAUCGAGCACCUUGUUCUGCUCUUGUAGGACAGCCAUGCCGACCACCUUCACGCCCAAUUCCCCCGCCUCCUCGUGUUCCAUACACCACCGCGCCUCCCCGUCGAGGGGUGCCCGCAAUUCGGUGCGGUUCACGCGCCCGCGCGCCGCCGCCGCGGCGACGAACUCGGUGCUCAGCGCGCCGUCGUCCGUGCCGCCCGCGUACGUGCCGCCGCCGCCGCCGCCGCCGACCAAGAUGUUCCCGGAGGCGGGCGACGCGGCGGCGGCCAAGGCUGCGGCGAGGAGGUGUGGCAAGAAGAAGGAUGGGCUGAACUUCUUCCAGCGCGCGGCGGCGGUGGCGCUCGACGCGUUCGAGGAAGGGUUCAUCACGAAUGUGCUGGAGAGGCCGCACGCGCUGCCGCGGACGGCCGACCCGGCGGUGCAGAUCGCCGGGAACUUCGCGCCGGUGGGGGAGCAGCCGCCGGUGCGGUCGCUCCCGGUGUCCGGCCGCAUCCCGCCCUUCAUCAAUGGCGUCUACGCCCGCAACGGCGCCAACCCGCACUUCGAGCCCACCGCGGGCCACCACCUGUUCGACGGCGACGGCAUGGUCCACGCCGUCCGCAUCCGCAACGGCGCCGCCGAGUCCUACGCCUGCCGCUUCACCGAGACUGCGCGCCUCGGCCAGGAGCGCGCCCUCGGCCGCGCCGUCUUCCCCAAGGCCAUCGGCGAGCUCCAUGGCCACUCCGGCAUCGCCCGCCUCGCCCUCUUCUACGCGCGGGGGCUCUGCGGCCUCGUCGACCCGUCGCACGGCACCGGCGUCGCCAACGCCGGCCUCGUCUACUUCAACGGCCGCCUCCUCGCCAUGUCCGAGGACGACCUCCCGUACCAGGUCCGCGUCACCGCCGACGGCGACCUCGAGACGGUGGGGCGCUACGACUUCGACGGCCAGCUCGGCUGCGCCAUGAUCGCCCACCCCAAGCUCGACCCGGUCUCCGGCGAGCUCUUCGCCCUCAGCUACGACGUGAUCAAGAAGCCAUACCUGAAAUACUUCUACUUCGACGCCGAUGGCACCAAGUCACCCGACGUCGAGAUCGAGCUUGAGCAGCCGACGAUGAUCCACGACUUCGCCAUCACCGAGAACUUCGUGGUGGUACCCGACCACCAGGUGGUGUUCAAGCUCGGCGAGAUGUUCCGCGGCGGCUCGCCGGUGGUGCUCGACAGGGAGAAGACGUCGCGGUUCGGCGUGCUCCCCAAGCACGCGACGAGCUCGUUGGAGAUGGUGUGGGUCGACGUCCCCGACUGCUUCUGCUUCCACCUGUGGAAUGCGUGGGAGGAGGCCGAGUCCGGCGAGGUGGUGGUGGUGGGAUCCUGCAUGACGCCCGCCGACUCCAUCUUCAACGAGUCGGACGAACACCUCGAGAGCGUGCUCACCGAGAUCCGCCUCAACACGCGCACCGGCGAGUCCACCCGCCGCGCCGUGCUGCCGCCGGCGGCGCAGGUGAACCUCGAGGUCGGCAUGGUGAACCGCGCCAUGCUCGGCCGGAAGACGAGGUACGCCUACCUCGCCGUCGCCGAGCCGUGGCCCAAGGUGUCCGGCUUCGCCAAGGUGGACCUCGCCACCGGCGAGCUCACCAAGUUCGAGUACGGCGAGGGCCGGUUCGGCGGCGAGCCGUGCUUCGUGCCCAUGGGCGGCGCCGGCGCCGCCGCGUCCCCGGCGCGCGGCGAGGACGACGGCUACAUCCUCUCCUUCGUCCGCGACGAGGCCGCGGGCACAUCCGAGCUCCUCGUCGUGAACGCCGCCGACAUGAGGCUGGAGGCCACCGUCCAGCUGCCGUCGCGCGUCCCCUACGGCUUCCACGGCACCUUCAUCAACGCCGGCGAGCUCGCCACGCAGGCCUAGGCACCGGCCAUCCAUGGAUUCUUGAUUCCUUGGUUCAUUCCAAAACACCUUCCAAUCUUCUUGGAGAGGAGAAGAAGAUGAAAAGAAAAUUUGGAGGGAAAAGGCUUUACCAGAGGGCGCCAUAGGCAUACAUAGGAGGUCCCCGGAGCCUGACCCCAACUCAUACACAAACACAUCAUCAUCAUCAUCAACCUUAAUCUCUUGGUUCUUUUCUUGAUUUUAAUCACUGCAUUAAUCACACUAGUAAGUAUAGCACAUUAGUAGUAGUAGUAGAGUGAUUAGGGAGAGACUGAGGGGUGGGGCCCAGCUUGAAGCUUUUGCUUUGCUUGUACAGACAGCCAAGGAGAGCUCAGCUGGUUUCUGCUUUGUCCCUCAGUGAUAGGGAUAGUUGCAGUGUUGUGUAUACACAGCUGCUCUGCUUCUGUUCUGUUUCUGCUCUGUAAAACUCUCUUGUUAUUUACUGAAGGUAAAACCACCCAGUUUUCUGCAAACUGUGGUGAUGUUUGGUCACUAAUCAUGUAUGCCUCAAUCUCCAAUUUCCUUCACUGUGUAUAUAUAUAUUAUAUACUCUUCAUUCA